AUGUGGCCACAGGGUAUAAGCGGCAAGAUUGCGCUCGUAUAUAUUACGCUUUCUGCCUUCCUGUGCCAUGCUAUCUCUGCAGCGACUGGGGCUGGAUCCUCUUUCAGCGCGGCCACCGAGGCUAAAACAGGUCCUCUUACACUGAAUAAGCGGGCCAAGAUUCUAGACACGUGCACCGGGCAGGACCGUGAACAGCUAGUGCUCCCAUCGAAACGAUAUAACCUUAAACACGCCGAUACCUACGCCUACUUUGCCCUCGUAGCCAGGAGUGAGGCGAGGGUACUCAUGGAAAUGGGCAACAGGGAGGCACCUGUUCAGAAUGACCAUGAGCAAAAUCAGGUUGCCGAGACUCCAUGA